AUUUAGCCAAAUCCGUUAGGAAAUUCCUCCCAAAAUCCUACAUUCGACCACAUUAAUCAUUAAUCACUUCCCAUGCUUUACAAAGACACAUACAACAGAAAAGGUUUCUGCUUUCUUCCUCUGCUUCCCUAUGAAUUUAGAUCUUUGUAAUUGAAACGCCAAAGUUACAUCCUUUGAUCUCCGGUCAGCCAGCUAGAGUUCCAAUAAUGAUGGAGACGGCAGAGCCGGCUCAAAAGCUGUACACUAGGAUGCGUUUAUGGGAAUAUCCUGAUGAGUACGUGAUUGAGCCCAUUGAUGGUUCCCAUGGUUCCUCGUUAUCAGUCAGUCGAGUUGACGGAUCAAUGAAGCUCAUUGAUGAAGUUCCAGAAUGCAGCUCUAUACGGGUUCCCAAGAUCCGAACAAUUUUUGGUGUUGUUGGGAUGCUAAAGCUAGUGGCAGGAUCAUAUUUGAUAACAAUAACAGAGCGUGAAUGUGUUGGAUCUUAUUUGGGACAUCCUAUCUACAAAGUUGCAUCUUUGAAAGUUUUUCCGUGUGAUCAUUCUCUUAAAAACUCUCCUGUAGAGCAGAAAAAGGUAGAGUCGGAGUUUUUUGGGCUGCUGCAAGUUGCAGAGAGGACUACUGGUCUAUUUUUUUCAUAUGACACCAAUAUAACUCUAAGGGCACAGCGAUUGCAUGAUCUCGGUGAUGAAUCUAAAUUGCUUCCUCUUUGGAGACAGUCCAAUGGCAAGGCUUUUCCUUGUUUAAACAAAUGUUGCGGCAGGCAGAUCCUCGGUUUCUCUGGAACAAUUACAUGUUGGAGUUGCUCAUAGAUAACAAGCUUGAUCCUUAUUUACUACCAGUUGUCUAAGGGAGUAUCCUUCAUCAUGUUGUCUGUUUCAGAAUGUAGCUGUUGUGACAUGAUAACUUAUUUUAUUAUUGUUUAAAUACUGUCCAUUUU